AUGUCAAAACGUACUGAACAAGUACAAGUCACCUCGGAUGAGAUAGUUUUGAAAGAUGAACCAUCAUUUUGGAGAAAGGUCUUUCCAAAAGUUGAGUACAAGUCUCCUAGAGAGAAAAAGUUUGUCAGAAAAGUAGACUUGUUCCUCUUAACAUGGACCACAGUUGCUUACUUUAUGAAAUCUAUAGACCAAAGCAAUGUGUCUAACGCAUAUGUAUCUGGUAUGAAGGAGGCGUUGAACUUUCAAGGAAAGGAUUAUAACUGGCUUGAUACCUAUUUCAAGAUAGGUUACUCCAUAUCGCUAAUUCCAUCACAGAUUCUCAUGAACAAGGUAAAGCCAGCCUAUUUGCUUAGUACUUUUGAGAUCAUUUGGGGUGUUCUGGUGGCCCUCUGCUCAAUUCCAAAGUCUCCACAGGGGUUGUACCCUUUGCGUUUCUUUAUAGGUUUCUUCGAGGCAUCCAGUUGGCCUGGUAUCAUUAUUACCUUGAUGAAUUAUUAUACAAAGGAAGAGCUCGCUACUAGGAUCGGUAUAUUCCAAGCCUCUUACUACGCAGGUAACAUGUUUUCGGGCUUUCUCCAAUCAGCUAUCUACAAAACACUGAACGGAGUCCAUGGACUUGAAGGGUUUGAGUGGCUUUUUAUCAUCAAUGGCUUGAUGACCAUAGCAGUUGGCCUUACUGGUUAUUUCUUCAUUCCAGAUACUCCGCAAAAUGGAGGUUCUAAGAUUUGGAUGAACGAGUCCGACGUUGAAAUUGCUGUCGAGAGAAUGCAAAGGGUAGGAAGAGAAACAACCAGAAGAUUCAGAUUUAAAGAGUUCUAUGAAGUGUUUUUGGAUUGGAGACUUUGGCUAUUUUUGGCUGCAUAUUGUCCAAAGGCUUGGUGUGCAGCGUUUUCUUAUUUCAACUUGUGGUUAAAGAGUAUGGCGCAUGAAGAUGGAAGUCGUGUUUGGAGUGUUGAGCAAGUUAAUCUUAUUCCCAUUGGUGGCAACGCCAUCUCAAUGGUGAGUGUGAUUUUUUGGGCAAAGGUUUCUGACCUUACACAAAGUCCUGGAUACGUCCUUGGAAUUCAACUUCUCAUUGACUUCUUCUCAAAUAUAGUUCUUGCAAUUUGGCCAUCGAAUAAUGGGAUCAAGUAUGCUGCCUUUUUCAUGAUUCCUAUCUCAGAUGGUGUUACUUCCUUACUGAUUUCCCUUCUAGCAGAGGUGUAUGCUCUUUCGCCUGAAAAGAGAGCCAUUGCGACUGGUGCGGCUGUUGUCUUGGUCUAUGCCAAUAAUGCAUGGCUCACGCUUUAUCUUUGGCCUGCUAACCAAGCUCCAAACUUCAAAUGGGGUUACAAGAUGUCCAUUUUAUUUGUCGGUGUCUCAUUUUUUUCUUCGAUAAGUUACGUCAUCUUUGUUUACAAGAAAGCUGUCAAGAGAAAUGAAGAGCUCAACAGAAUUAGGGCUUCUGAAAAUGGCGUAAUCGAGGUUUCGGAUCCUGAAUUUGCAGAGGAAGAUUCUGAUUCGUUCAAAAAUUACACGCACAAUAAGUAA